AUGGCGGACCGGUACUCGUUCUCGCUCACAACCUUCUCGCCCAGCGGCAAGCUUGUACAGAUUGAAUAUGCUCUCAACGCCGUCAACCAGGGCGUAACAGCCCUGGGCAUCAAGGCAACCAACGGUAUUGUCCUCGCCACGGAAAAGAAAUCAUCCACGCCCCUCGCCGAUCCCUCCUCCCUCUCCAAAAUCAGCCUGAUUACCCCCAACAUCGGCAUGGUUUACGCGGGCAUGGGUCCCGACUACCGCGUGCUGGUCGACCGCGCGCGCAAGGUCUCACACACCAACUACAAGCGCAUCUACAACGAGUACCCGCCGACACGCAUCCUCGUGCAGGAUGUGGCCCGCGUCAUGCAGGAGGCCACACAGUCGGGCGGUGUGCGGCCGUACGGUGUGAGCUUGUUGAUUGCCGGCUGGGAUGAGGGGAUCCUGCCUGAGGAGGAGGAGAAGACAACAGAGGGACAGGGGACGUCAACGGGGGAAAAGAAGAAGGCGCCUGGUGGUAAGACGGGUGGGAUCCUUAAGGGCGGGCCGAUGCUGUACCAGGUUGAUCCGAGCGGGAGCUACUUCCCUUGGAAGGCGACGGCCAUUGGGAAGAGCGCGGCGACGGCUAAGACGUUCUUGGAGAAGCGGUAUACGGAGGGGCUGGAGCUCGAGGAUGCGGUGCAUAUUGCGCUGUUGACGUUGAAGGAGACGAUUGAGGGCGAGAUGAACGGGGAGACGAUCGAGAUUGGCAUUGUCGGCCCGCCGGCAGACCACCUCCUCGGUGUCGAGGGCGUCGAGGGUGCAAGGGGCCCGCGCUUCCGGAAGCUGACACCGCAGGAGAUUGAGGAUUACCUGACGAAUCUAUGA